CUUUGCAGCCGAGCCGGACUCGGAGGACGACGAAGAGGAAGCGGUGGUUUUCCCGGAGUCGCCGCUGCAGAGACCCACGGUGCUCGUGGCCAUGCUGGCCCGCAACGCGGCGCACGCGCUGCCUCACUUUCUCGGCUGCCUGGAGCGGCUGGACUACCCCAAGAGCAGGAUGGCCAUCUGGGCAGCCACUGACCACAAUGUGGAUAAUACAACAGAAAUAUUCAGGGAGUGGUUGAAAAAUGUACAGAGACUGUAUCACUACGUGGAGUGGAGGCCUAUGGAUGAACCAGAAUCUUACCCUGAUGAAAUUGGACCAAAACACUGGCCGAGCUCUCGGUUUGCCCACGUGAUGAAACUACGGCAGGCAGCCCUUCGAACUGCGAGGGAAAAAUGGUCAGACUACAUUCUGUACGUAGAUGUCGACAAUUUCCUGACUAAUCCUCAGACCCUCAAUCUAAUGAUGGCAGAAAACAAAACCAUUGUGGCCCCCAUGCUGGAGUCCCGGGGCCUGUACUCUAAUUUCUGGUGUGGAAUCACCCCUCAGGGCUUCUAUAAGCGGACCCCAGACUACCUUCAAAUUCGAGAGUGGAAGAGGAUGGGCUGCUUUCCCGUCCCCAUGGUCCACUCCACCUUCCUGAUUGAUCUCAGAAAGGAAGCCUCUGACAAGCUGGUGUUCUACCCACCACAUCCGGACUACACCUGGACCUUUGAUGAUAUCAUCGUCUUUGCCUUCUCCAGCAGGCAAGCAGGCAUCCAGAUGUACCUGUGCAACAGAGAGCACUAUGGCUACCUGCCCAUUCCCCUGAAGCCCCAUCAGACCCUGCAAGAGGACAUCGACAACCUCAUCCACGUGCAGAUAGAAGCAAUGAUUGACCGUCCUCCAAUGGAACCCUCCCAGUUUGUCUCAGUUGUCCCUAAAUAUCCAGACAAGAUGGGAUUUGAUGAGAUUUUCAUGAUAAACCUCAAACGCAGAAAGGACAGGCGGGACCGGAUGCUGCGCACACUGUACGAGCAGGAGAUCGAGGUCAAGAUCGUGGAGGCUGUCGAUGGAAAGGCACUCAACACAAGCCAGCUGAAGGCCCUGAAUAUUGAAAUGCUGCCGGGUUAUCGAGAUCCCUAUUCCUCCAGGCCUCUAACCCGAGGAGAAAUUGGCUGCUUUCUUAGCCACUACUCGGUCUGGAAAGAGGUAAUUGAUCGGGACCUGGAGAAGACUCUUGUUAUUGAGGAUGACGUGCGUUUCGAGCUGCAGUUUAAGACAAAGCUGAUGAAGCUGAUGGAUGACGUUGACCGGGCUCAGCUGGACUGGGAGCUAAUUUACAUUGGUAGGAAGAGGAUGCAAGUAAAAGAGCCAGAGAAAGCAGUUCCCAAUGUGGGCAAUCUGGUCGAAGCCGAUUAUUCCUACUGGACCCUGGGCUAUGUCAUCUCUCUGGAAGGAGCACAGAAGCUGGUUGGAGCCGAUCCUUUCGGGAAGAUGCUGCCAGUGGACGAAUUUCUGCCAAUCAUGUACAACAAGCAUCCUGUCGCCGAGUACAAGCAGUACUACGAGCCCAGGGACCUGAAGGCCUUCUCUGCAGAACCCCUGCUCAUCUACCCCACGCACUACACGGGUCAGCCGGGCUACCUGAGCGACACAGAGACCUCAACCAUCUGGGACAAUGAGACGGUGACCACCGACUGGGACAGGACGCAUUCCUGGAAGUCUCGGAAGCAAGGUCGCAUCCACAGCAGUGCCAAGAACACGGAGGCGCUGCCGUCGCCCACCUCCCUGGACACUGUGCCUUCCCGAGAUGAGCUCUGAACGCCCCCUCGGGGCGGGACGGCUCACCGGCCUCUGGGUUCUAAAGGGCUGUUUCUCGGUUUGAUCCUGGGUUUGUUGGUGGUCACAGGCACCUACACCAAGUAGUCGGAUGUGAUGGAUCAAAAUUAGCAUGGUUUUGACCGUGGAUGGGAACAGGGAAAUUUAACCAGAUUUCCUAGGAGAGCUAAGAUAGGCUUUGAGAGGACCUUUGAGGCAAACUUCAAUCCAGACCCCAGCUCUUCAGUUGACCACCACACGCUACUGCUUGCACAUGUGGGUGGAACACCACAGUCUAUUCUCAUCCAAGAGAAGGUGUUCAAGCUGUCGUGUCGUUUGUGGGGAGUCAGGCAGCCGACACCACUGGGCCACUUUGUUGGCCUGGUUGGUCCAUUUGACGGAACAGAUGUGACUCUGAAAACUUGCAUAUGUAAAAAGUUUAGGACGGGAUUAAAUCAUUUAAAAUUAUAUUAAUUGGGUUUUUUAGCUAAGGGGAUUCUGUCAUAAGUCUAUGGCAAGGUAUAAUUUUGAAAACUCUUAGUCCUAUGAUCCAAUAUUUGGGUCUGGCUGAGACUCGGCCCUUGACCAUCAUGGCAGUGGGGCUCGCGUAACAAAGCGUCGUUUGCCAUGUGGAUAUAACUCGCUAGGAACUUGAGGGUUUGUGUAGAUAUUUUAAGGAACAAAAGAACUCAGUCUGGCCUUUUUUAUUGUGGCCCCUUGGUUCGGGAUGCUCUAUUUAUUAAGAUAAAUGUAAUAUAUAAAGGGUAGGGGCUGUGCGUAAUUCACACACUCUGCUCCACCCCUUUGCCUGGGAAUUAAUCGCAGGUGUGAAUUUUAUGAGUCACUGUUAAAAAGACAGAGCACAUUGGCAGGUCAGCAACUAUCCUUGCCUGGGGCUUUCAUUCUAUUUUGAAUUAUUUAUUUUAUAACGUGUAGGGGAAAUUGUCUGGAGGAUAUGACAUUGAAGCAGAUGUGAGCUUUCACUGGACCCCAGGGAGUGGUCAGUGUACACACGCUGGUUCAACAAUCCCGGCUCCUGGAUUUCCCAGCCUGACUCUCGCUGGGAAGAAGGCCUGUUGAUGAGGGAUCCUGGCUAUUUGGGAACAGAUGAGUCUCCAUUUAAGGUAAAAGGCCUUGGUCAGAAACAAUGGCCUGGUCAGCUAGCUUUGGUCAACAGCCAGGGAAGCUCUCCAAGUCAGAAUCCUGGACAGACGCCCUGUGUCAAAAGAUGUCUCAAAACUUUUUGCUGUUUUCAUUUUUUUCCCCUUUAAGUUGCAUGUGCUCACAGAGAGAGAGAGAAUAAGAAAUCACCCCCCAG